GGGCAGCCAUGACUCUGGCCGAGCCGAGCCUCACGAAAAAGUGUGACUGAUCAUCAUUCGAUAUGGGACCCCCAAAUGAGAUAAUAAUUAACACUUAUGGUCUGCACGUCUUAUUAUACUCACAUAUCUUAUUUAAGCUAGCUAGCGCUUGAAGGCAAGAUACUUUUUCCUAAUGAUCCCAUGGCAAACUCAAACUAGGCCACAUUGCACAUGCACAUCCAUUUCUGAAGUAAACCGUACCGGUACAUGUGAAGGCCGAACGGUACCCCGACGGCGUGCCCCUCGCCUGAGCUGCCGGGCCAGCCGGCCAGACAGCUUGGCCAGUGCUGCUGCUAGCUUGCUGCAUGCAUGCCAUGCUUCAUGCUACGACCCAGGCGAACUAGCCUUGUGCUGUUAGCCGCGCCGGCCCGGGGCGCGCGGCGCCGUGGACCGACUUGCAUUUUCGGCAAUGUCCAUUCGUACAUGUACAGAGGGCAAAAUGGCCGGUACUAGCACACUGGAGUUAUUAGAACAAAGAAUUGCUGAGCUGGAAAGCAGGAUAUGCGGCGAAAGAAACCCGAUUGGUAUCCAAGGAUCGGUUAUUGAUAAUUUGCACGGAGUAAAGCAGAAGAUAGCUGGCAUAACAUCCGGUAAAAGCAAGACUCAAGCUGUGUGGAAAAGAUUGGAAGAGCUGAAUAAUUAUCUUGACCCUGAACUGUCUGGUCAGCUGACACUGAGCAGUGAGGCAAAAGCUGAUAUAAUCUUAGCAGAGGAAGAACAGCUAAAAGCACAGGUAGCUCUCUUAGAAAAGGUCAAAGAACUUUCUUCUGUGCUUGAUAGUGAACACAUUAAAGGUGUUCCUGGCUUAUCAGACAGACUGGUACCCCUGACCACAGUACAGGUCAAACAAGAGGAAGAGGCAAAGGAGCUUGGAGAAGAGACAAAGAAACUUCUAGAAUCAUAUAACAGUAUUAUAACCCUUCUCUCUAAACAGUUUGUGCAAUGGGAUGACAUCAUGACCAAAUAUGAGGUUGCUCAUCAAGUCAGGAAACCAGAUGUUUAUUAAUCUUCUUAUUAGUUGUGUAAACACAUCAAAUUAUCAUUAGCAAUUUAUUUAUAUAUGUACAUAUGUCUGAGAAUGCAGUUGCUCAAGUUCUAGACAGAUUCCCUAGAGUUGCGUUCAGACCUCACUACGGGGGAUUGGAAUCACGGUUUAAAAGAUGUUUGCAUUGAAAUCAUGCUUUAGAAAUUUCAUAAACAAAAGGUUAACAGUCUAUUAAGUAUUUUGACUUAUUCUUUCUUGAUGAUCAAACUCCUCAACAUAGUUUUUGAGCAACUGUGAGGCAAAACUUUGUAAAUAUGUAGGAGAUAUAAAGUAGAUGUUAAAUGGCAAAAGUUUUAUGUACAUGAAAACAUGAUAAUGAAAAUGGUUUGUAAUUUAUUUAAUAGUGAAGUGACAGUAAUCAGAUUAAUGGACACAUAGUAGUGCGUGUCCCGUCCAUUUGCAUAUUCUUACCAAUGCUGUGAUGUGAUACCGGUAUAUACAUGUACCAUGCGCAACUGAAAACUCUGAAGUCACCCUUAAAUCUUGUGAAACACCCCCUUGUAUAUGUCAUCCAUCGCCUCUUUAAUUUCCGUAAACAUAGCUACAUAGAGCUACCCAUUAAGUUACAGUAGUUCUCACAAUUCUUGCCAGUAAUGUACAUGUAGGGUAUAAGAUUUCAAUUUAGUUGAUUAUUAUUCCUGAUUUUGAACCAUUUUUUUUUUUUUUUUGGGGGGGGGGGCAGAUCGUAAAAAAUCUUCAGGUUUACCACUGAUUUAAUGUCUUUUAGUGGCUAUUCAGUUUCUAGAUGGGCUUUAGCUUAGUCCUUACAGCAAGUGGGUAGUUAAGUCAGUAAUCAGUGUUAAUUAAGUCAUCAUAUAUCAUACUAAUUUUUACCACAGCCCCCCAAGUUUAAUCAAUUUAACUUGACCCUUAAGCCUGGCUCACACCUUUGCUUUUCUGCUGUGUAUUGUUGACUUAGCUGAAAGCAGCCAAACGCAGCAAAUUAUAUUGUUGCUAUCACACUUUUGUGUAAGAGCUGGUAAAGUGCUGUGAGCUAAAAAGUGGUUGUAAAUUUUUGUAAUCCAAGCAGUAAUGCUGCACUUAGGCUUGCGUAUUGCUACACUCUGUUGCUGGCAUUUGCGAGUUUCACUCGUCUUUGCUUGUAUGGGUUUGGGUUGCGCUCAGUCACAGAUUUUUGAGAAAAAAAAUCAAACUACCGAGCUAGAAACGACGGCCUCUGCUUUAGUCUGCAUAUUGACCUUGUAUUAGCUCAUUUGAUUUUGUUCAUGUUGCAUUUGGAUGCAAUUGUCUUAUUUGGCCAAUAAAGAGCUGCUGAACACAGCCCAAAACACAAAGGUGCGAGCCAGGCUCUAGGAAUGGAAGGGAAAUUGCAAGGGCUGUUCCCUGAAAGAGCCACAGUAUUCUCAUGAAGAUGUUCUGUAAAACAUUCUGUGUAAGUUUGUUGAACAUUCCUGAAAUUAGCAAUCAAUCUAAAUCUGAAUUACUUCAUUUAAAUCUUGUAUAAUAGAAAAAAAAAUGGUAGUCUCCUUUGAUUUUGAUGCUCAGCUAAAGUUGAUCAUUAUCUCUUUACUCAGCUCUUUCCUUUUCUCCUUUUCACUGUAGCACAAUCUUUUAUGCCACUUUCAUUCUUGUUUUAUGAGCAGGACUUUGUAUAAUUCCUCAUGUACAUGUAUCUUUUGAAAUAUGCUUAAUACCAUGCUAAUUUUCCAUUAUAGUUGAUUUAUAAUUAUUAUGUAUUGACCAGGGUUCACAUACUAAUGACAUGUAAUAUGAAUUACUGUUAAAAUAAAGCUAAUACUGAACAUAAA